UCGGACCGCUGCCUGAGCCCCGGUACUACAGCCCGGAUACCAUGAGCACUUCAGCCCGACAAGCAUUUCUGUCCUGGCAUGAAGCACACAAGGGGGAUGUGUUUAACUUUCAAGAUGAGAUGCUGGCCUAUUGCAGAUCGGACGUGGACAUUCUUCGCCGUUGCUGCCUGGAGUUUCGAGCCCAGUUUUUGGAUGUGGCGAAUGUGGAUCCAUUCCAAUACGUGACCAUCGCGUCAGCCUGUAUGGCAACGUAUCGGAGUGGCCACAUUCAACCCGACACGAUUGCCAUGGUGCCUACACACGGCUACAUCAACUCAACGAAUUACAGCCCUGAUUUGAUCCGAUGGUUGGACUUUGUUGCCGAUGGUUGGAUGUGUUUUGUUGGAAAGCACAGAGUCGCCGGAAUCUCGGUAGACGGAUUCUGCCAAGAAACACAAACCGUCUAUCAGUUUCAGGGCUGUUUUCUUUCACGGAUGUAG